AUGGCAUUUCUCUUCUUGAAGAAAUGGAUGCCUGUCGCUAAAGAAAAAUGGGUUAUCUUGAAGAAAAAUGCAAAGCCUUAUGUCCAAAUGGUCUCAGAGAAAUCAUUGGAGGUUUAUCAAACAUCAAGUGACUUCAUCAGGCCUCAUCUUGUAAAUGCACACCAAGUUGCUGACCCCUAUUUCCAGGAAGCCAAGAAAUUUUCCAGACCAUAUAUUGAUCAAAUUGCUACAGCUACUAAACCACAUGUCGAGAAAAUUAGAACUACUCUCAAGCCCUAUACUGAAAGAGCAUGCCAUGUAUAUGGACAGUUUCUUGAGACAGCUACUACAUAUCAUCAGCAGUAUCAAGAGGCAGAAGAAGAAAACAUCACGGAGCAGUAA